GCGGCGUCUCUUCAGUGAGAUGAAUCUGAGGGGAGCGGUCACAAAAAAUGAAUAAAUUCAUUUAAAAAUGACAUUUAUUUCAUGCAGUUACUGAAAGUUGAUCGUGAAACUUCAGAUGGACAGACGGAAACCUGCCCUGGUGAAUCAGAGGGUACUUCUCCCGUGUUAGAGGGCGCUGUGGACGAGCCUCUGCAGCGCCUCUUCACCUUUGGUACGGAACUUGUUCUGGUGCGAAUAAACACGCCGCGCAUGCUGCGGAAGGGGAGCUGAGGCUGGAGCGAGAAGAUGGAGCAAAAGAAGAAUAACGCGGCCAAAGGCGCCUCCCGGGAUCUGCUGCUGUGCGGUAACGGAAAAGGAAUCCAUGAAAAGCUGUUAUUGAAACCUAAAGCUGCAGACUCACUGCGCACUGAAAAGGUCCCUCGAAGUAGCGUCCUCGACAGGCUCCAGAGUUUUCUGCCUCAGAUGGCUCUGGCCAAUGAGGCUUUAAAGCAGCAGAUGGAGACAGCUCCGGCAGGUCAAUUUGACAUUCAGAGCGUUGCGGAUGCAGAGAAAGUUAUUGAGAUGGACGUUGCUCUGGUGGAGCUAGAGGGCUCGGACAGCGGUGAGGAAGAAGAGGAAUCAUCUGAGGACACUAGCUCAGAUGAAGAGACUGUCACUGUGCAAAAUCUCAAACUACCCGGCGAUAAAAAGAGAAAGGCCAACAUCCAAGUGGUGGAAGGAGAAGAAGAAUGAGAUAAUAAGGCUUCUGAACCAAAGACUGGGAAUUUUUCUCUCUAGAUGAGAGACGCUUUGUGCUGAUGGGGGCCUUAAUCUUCACAGUCUCACAUUCACCACUUGCACAGAGUAUCGUACAGUUACUAUCCUCCUAAGAUGGCUGUUCUUGUUUUAGCUAUCGUAAAUAUUAACCUGAACCGGAGGGUAAUUGUUAUUCAUGCAUUGCUUAGCAAGGACUACCAUGUUUGCUCAGUUUGAUGUACUGAGGCGUUUCACAUAGCAUGGUUAAUGCAGUGUAUUGCUGUUCUAUGGAGAUUUUGUAUGGGUUUUUUUUGUUGUUGUUUUUUUUUUAUGUGCAAUAGUGUCUUUUGAUAUAUGGUUACUUUGUUUCUUGUACAGCCCUAAUCUGCAGCCAUUUACUGAUUUGGAGCAUUUUGAUUACACUAAUUGUAUUGGAGCCAACACUGGCCAUUUUGUGUUCAGAGCAUUUGCGAUCUAAACCUCAGGAAUCCCACACUUAAAAUGUUUAAGUAACCAACAUACGUCACCAUCUGCCUGUUAUUAAGAUGUUCCACAGGUUUUUUUUUUUUAAUAAACAUCUUAACAUGA